UAAUCGAUCUUGGGAAUAUUAGACUUGCAGCUGUUAUCCGCUGAAAGGAAAGAAGAAGAAGCAUACGUAACAUUUAUUUACAAACUCGGCCAUGAAAAUUCCACAAAUUCGCUCACUUGCUUGUCUGAUUCCAAAGCGCUCGGCGGCUACAAGCUCAGAUAACCAGGUACGAAUUGUGGAAGUUGGCCCACGGGAUGGUCUCCAGAACGAGCCCAAGCUGCUGCCGGCAGCCACCAAAAUCGAGCUGAUAAAUCAAUUGUCCGAAACCGGACUGCAAACUAUUGAAGCCACCAGUUUUGUGAGCGCUAAAUGGGUGCCCCAAAUGGGCGAUAAUGCGGAGGUGCUACGGGGAAUCCGCAAGGUCCCCGGGAUCAGCUAUCCAGUGCUUACGCCUAACCUGAAGGGAUUUGAAAGUGCUCUAAAAGCGGGAGCCCAGGAGGUGGCAGUGUUUGGAGCCGCUUCCAAUGCGUUUUCGCUGAAAAACGUUAAUUGUACAGCUGCUGAGGCCAUCGAGCGCUUUAAACCUGUGCUUAAGGCAGCCGAACAGAACGGAGUUCGUGUCCGGGGCUAUGUAUCCACCGUGGUUGGCUGCCCGUACGAGGGAGCCGUUGCGCCGAGUGCUGUGGUUAAGGUCGUGGAGGCACUGUAUCAAAUGGGCUGCUACGAGAUCUCCCUGGGCGACACCAUCGGCGUGGGUACACCUGGCACUAUGCGCCGGAUGCUGGACGCGGUGACCAAAACAGUUCCCGCUAAGAAUUUGGCCGUGCACUGCCAUGACACUUACGGCCAGGCUUUGAGCAACAUCCUAGUCUCUCUAGACUAUGGCAUUCGGGUGGUGGACUCAUCGGUUUCUGGCCUGGGCGGAUGUCCCUAUGCUAAGGGGGCGUCUGGUAACGCGGCCACAGAGGAUGUGGUCUACUUGCUGCACGGCUUGGGCCUUAAUACGGGAGUUAGUCUGGACAAACUCAUCCUAGUGGGUCGGUACAUCUGCACCGAACUGGGCCGGCAGUCCGAAUCAAAGGUUAAUCGCGCCUGGAAAGGUCCUCAACCGCGAAACCAGUGAUUCUCUUAUUUUGUUGAUACGUAAACGAAGGCAUUUACUAGGACUAGUUAAACAAUACAUUUAUUAUCGUUGCAAUAUUAAAACUAA